AUGGGAAAUCAGCCUUCCAAAGGGGGCAGGUCCGACAGCUCCCCCAAACCUUCGUCUUCCAACGGCGAUGAUGCGCUAAGCCCGGCGCUUGAUUCCUAUCCAUCCAUUGCAAAAAGCGAUAAGGAAUCCACUCGCUCCAUUCGAAGUUCCCUCCGAUCCAAGAUCCCCGGCGUCAACAAGACCGAUAGCCCUCGCGGAUCCACCGCCGAACUUUCUUCCAGCAUCGGCUCCGCCGCCGUCGAUCGAUCCGAUUCCGCCUCGUUGAAAUCUGCCGCCAGCAUCAAAUCCAAUGGCGCUCGCUCCGGUCGUCCCAGCUCCGUUUCCUCGGAGACGGAGCCCAUGGACACCGCCCAGAUGCGCGCAGCCGCCGACGGUCCGCUCCCUCCGCCGUCCCCAACCAUGUCGACUUCCAUAGACAACGGACACCACGACGUCGAACUUGCGCGGAAAUCUGGCGAAGUUGAACUCGUGUCCGACGCUCCGCCGAAAGGCGUCCGUCCGCACGCCACCACCGCCCUGCCGAAGCCGUCGAUCCUCGAAAAAUCCGACUCCCCGAUCCCGCGCGCCCCGGAGGCCGACAAAGAACACGAAGGCUCCCCUUCGACCAUGGAGCUGUCCGCAGCGAAAGAUCUGAACCUCGACGACAUGAUCUCGCGGCUGCUGGACGCCGCGUAUGCCGGGAAGGUCACCAAGACCGUCUGCCUCCGCAACGCGGAGAUCUUCGCCAUCUGCGCGGCGGCGCGCGAGGUGUUCAUGUCGCAGCCGGCGUUGCUCGAGCUGAAGGCCCCGGUCAAGAUCGUCGGCGACGUGCACGGGCAAUACACGGAUCUGAUCCGGAUGUUCGAGAUGUGCGGGUUCCCUCCGGAAGCCAACUUCCUAUUCCUGGGGGACUACGUCGACCGCGGCAAACAAAGCCUCGAGACGAUCCUGCUAUUACUCUGCUACAAGCUGAAGUUCCCCGAGAACUUCUUCCUCCUGCGCGGCAACCACGAAUGUGCCAACGUCACCCGCGUCUACGGCUUCUAUGACGAGUGCAAGCGCCGCUGCAACGUGAAGAUCUGGAAGGCCUUUGUCGACACCUUCAACACACUCCCCAUCGCCGCCAUCGUCGCCGGGAAGAUCUUCUGCGUGCACGGCGGCCUGUCGCCCAGCCUGUCGCACAUGGACGACAUCCGACAGAUCGCCCGUCCCACCGACGUGCCGGACUACGGCUUGCUGAACGAUCUGCUGUGGUCGGAUCCUGCGGACAUGGAUAACGAUUGGGAGGCGAAUGAGCGGGGGGUGAGCUACUGUUUUGGGAAGAAGGUCAUCAUGGAGUUCCUGGCACGACAUGAUUUCGAUCUCGUGUGUCGCGCGCACAUGGUGGUUGAAGAUGGGUAUGAGUUCUUCACUGAAAGGAUUCUCGUCACGGUGUUCUCCGCACCAAAUUACUGCGGCGAGUUCGAUAAUUGGGGCGCCGUCAUGUCCGUCAACGACGCGUUGCUUUGCUCCUUCGAGCUGCUCAAGCCGCUCGAUUCCUCGGCGUUGAAAAGCCACAUUAAAAAAGGUCGCAACCGGCGAGCGAACAUGCUCAACAGUCCGCCUGCCCAAUACAACCCACGAAGCGUGUAA